UAACAUCAAUUUUUUUGUGUGGUUAGAAAUUUCGCGGUUUUGCAUCGGAAGCGGUGUAUUUGUAAAACUUUUGUUAUUUCUUCUUUGCCAAGAAUAUUGUAUUGUUUUUUAAUUUUCUAAGCAUUUUAAAAGUUAAAUAAAAUGGACUUUAGUUCACUCUUACAACAAGCCCAACGGCUUACAAAUGAAACACAAAACACCGAGGAACUUCCACGAGUUGAACGAACAAUAUCUCAAGUUUUGCAAGCAACACAAGAACUUCAUUCACGCGUUACACAAACUGGCGCUCAAGAUAUUCAAGCUCAUAUUCUUCUGGGUUCUAAGGGAAUCGAUUUGCCAAAAAUAUCCCAAAAGCUAGAAACUCUGAGCACAAGGAAGACAUUCGAGCCACUCGAUCCAAUCGCCGAUACUGAUAUUCAGAGUUUUUUGAAGAACGAAAAGGAAAAUGCCAUUCUAUCUGUUAUUGAGGAAGUUCAUAAAAACUCCUAUCAAUCAGCACAGAAACAAAAAUGGGAGCACAUAAAAGCCGACUGGCGCCAGGAGAAACUUAAGCUUUUGAACGCUCUCAUUGGCCCCUCUCAAAACUGGAUAGACAUUCAAAAAAUACCCGAACAAACAAUUCUCAAUGAAACUUCCGGUAGUCGUUCUUGUUUGAAUCAUAUUGAAAUGGCAUAUGCACGUGAAGUAUGCGAAUACAACGCCCUCGUCAACAAGGGUGCUCUCCGACCUAAUCUCGUUCAGAAAUUCGCCAAAAUAGCUGAAAACUUUGAGGAUCAAAAAAUUACAGAAAUAUGGGAAAUCAUGAAAUACAUGGUGAAUGUUACACCAGUUUCACGAAGCCGUGAUCCCAUUCAAAGUCGCUGUAAAGUCCAUCAGUUUAUCGAUCAAGCCAAAAAAUACCUAGAAAACAGAUAUAAAUUGUAUAUGUCAACCAUAAUCAGUGGAAAUCUGCGAGAAGCUCAACGUGGUGGUGUUCCGAGUAUUUUCAAUUUGGUCUCAUCGUUUGUGGGAUUGACUCUAAAUCAGGGAUCUUGUUUUGGCCUUCAAGACGUAACUAUCGAAGGCAAACCGCUCUGGCCAAUGGUCUACUAUUGCAUGCGUUGUGGUGACUUCCAAUCAGCUUUGCGUUGUAUGCAAAUGGGAGGAGCUGGCCAUGAAGACUUCAUCCAUGUUCUUGAAGACAAAAUAAAUAAACCCGAACAGAAAAUCAAUUCAAAACUGGAGGGCCAAUUAAAACUGCAUUACUGCAACAAAAUCAAAAACUCUACAGAUCCUUUCAAAAAAGCGGUCUAUUGCAUUAUUGCCGGUUGUGAUAUAAAUGAACAACAUUUAGAAGUAGCCAAGACCACCGAUGACUUUUUGUGGAUUCAAUUGUCAAUUCUAAGAACAGAUUCCUCCGAUAACUCGGAAAUCUUAACAUACUCAGGUCUGCAAACGAUGAUAUUGGAAAAAUACGGCGAGAAACAUUUCAAUGCUGGUGAACAACGUCAUCUAUACUUCCAAGUCUUGGCUUUAACUGGCCAGUUUGAAGCUGCCAUUGAAUUUCUAUCUCGUACUGAAAAAUAUCGCACUCAUGCUGUUCACAUUGCUCUUGCCUUGAAUGAGCUAUUCCUGCUUGGAGGUACAAGAAAUGUUCAAGAACCUUUGUUAUCCGUGGAUAUAGAAGAUCCAGUUCCAAUGCGACGAUUGAACAUUGCUCGUUUGGUGAUGCUGUAUGUUAAGAAGUUCGAAAUCACUGACCCCGCUGAAGCUUUACAGUACUUCUUCUUUCUGCGCAAUCUCAAGGAUCCCGAGGGACGGAAUUUAUUCCUCGUGUGUGUCAGUGAUUUGGCAAUUGAGUGUCGAAAUUAUGAUUUAAUUUUUGGCAAAAUGCAACCUAAUGGUAUUCUUGUUGGAGGACUCUUCCAACAGUUUGAUUGUGUUGAUUUCGAUACUCGAAUAGCAGCUGGUAUGGUUGCAGAGGAUUUGGUCAAGAAAGGAAUGUUCGAAGAUGCAAUUAAGAUGUUUGAUAUUGCUGGGAUGCAAGGUCAAGCAUUGCGUUAUAUUUCUAUUCUUCUAUCACAAGUUGUACACCAAAGUUCAAAGAAAGGUUCUCUCAGAGAGCGAUUGCAGGUUUUGGCAAGUGAUUUCAGUGACAGAUUAAGAGGCAAUAAAAUUGAAUGCGAACCUCAAAUCAUUGCCACUUUUAAUUUACUCAAUGAACUUGUACAAUUCUUCGAUUUCUAUCAUGAGAAAAAAUAUCAUUUGGCUCUGGAGGUUUUAGCCAAUACAAAACUCGUUCCGAUGUCAAUGAAUGAUUUGGAAGAUUCUAUUAAUAAUUUUAAACGAAUCGGCGGUGAAAUAUGUAAAGUUUAUCCAGAUAUUCUUUUGGCAACGAUGGACAUUUUAUAUAGUCAAUAUAAGAGCAUUCGAGGAAAGGAAGGUGGUGGUUUUAUUGACAGUGGUAGAGACAGGCAAUUGGCACAUUUAAGAGAAAAGGCUAAAGCCCUAACAAAUAUGGCUGCAACUGUUCCAUACAGGAUGCCCGGUGAUACAAAUAAUCGACUCGUUCAGACCGAGAUUCUUAUGCAUUAAGAGAAAUUUUGUUAUUAUAAUUAUUUUAUUUCUUUUUUUUUUAAUAAACUCAUAAAUGUC